AUGAGAGCGACCACUAGAGUUAAUGUUACCAAUAAGCUUUUCAUCACAACAUUUCUUGUGGCAUUUUCGUCCGUUGCUUUGGGUUCGGUCCUUCCAUGUCCUGCGCACACUUUGGACUCUGACACACCUUUAGUUACUGAACAUGAUGAAAGAGCCAAAAAGAUUGCAGCAGAGAAAUCUUCUAAAAGAUGA